UAUAAAAGAUGAGGGUUGAGGCAGUGACAGCUCUUACAUUGUUACAAGCAAUGACUUCUUGUCUGUCAUAAAAUACAUUCGAUUAGCAGAUUCAUACUUAAGCAUUGUGUGAGAUGCUAUAUUGAAAUAUUUAAGUGGAUGUCUCCUUGCAAUAUUGUUGGCAACUAUUUCUAGUGUACAGAGAAUUCAAAACAUUAUAGCUGGAGUCAGAGUUCUAAGUAACAGUUCAAGUAAUUUAUUUAUCUUUCGCCACCUUAUUAAAUUUCAGGAGAUAACCCUAAGUUUCUAAGCAAAACACUGCUUAUAUGUAUUGCAGCAUUCCAGUGUUUCACUUUAGAAAUUGCCUAAAUGUUGAUAAGUGCAUUUGCAAAAUCCAAAGAGAAAUUUUAAGAGGUCAGUAAAUUGUCAAAAGAAAUUAAGUCAAACUCGCCUGUAUCCAAUGUCAAAUUAUCAUAUGAACAACCUGAUCACAUUUCUGAAGGAAGAUAAUGGUCAUCUUGGUUCUGAAUGGUAAUAUUAACUAGAGUUUUCAAUGUAAUACAGUUCAAUGCAGAUCAGUAACCAUUUUAAAGCAUAAGGUUGGGCUCUGAGUUCUUCCAGAUGUCCAGCUACGACCAAGACACCACAAGGCUUAAAUUCCAAGAGGAAGAAGAUCAACGUUUCAACCCUAAAGCAGCCUGACUGAAGAGAGAAAUUCCAAGUGCAGCUAGCAACCAAUCUGGAAAAUCUUCACACGUCCAACUCCAUUCCAGAACAGUAGGAUCAAAUGGAGUCAGCUGUAGAAGACUCCUGUGGCAAGACCAUUGGGUUCGAGCAUCAACAUCACUAGGACUAGUCAAUGAAAAUGACGCUGAAGUAUGUGACCUAGAACAAAAAAAGAGCAGCCUUCAUUGCCUGGCAGAACAACCCAUGGCUGCAAGUCAGCAGCUCAAGGCUAAUGCCCAAAGGCAGAUCCAGAAGAUAAAGAAAAUGUGGGAAGAGAAACUGAGAGAUCCAACAAUAUGCUGAGCAUCAUAGUAUGCAAAGCUUUUUUGAAGCCGUGAGGGUAAAAUGGACAAAAUCUCCUUCACUCACAGGAUGGCAUUUCUUGUCUUAAGGAUGACAAUGCCAUCCCUCAAAACUAGAAAAAACAUUUUCAACAACUCAACUGAAUCCAUAGUGGCAGCUGAUACUCACUCUCUAGGCUAUCUCCUAGUACCCUGUGGUAGAAUCCAUGGGUGAACUACUGUGGAUGGAGAGCUGCAACAAGCAAUCAAACCGGAUGCAAAACCAUAGAGCCUGUGACCCUGAUGGUAUUCCAGCGGAGGUCUUCAAAGCUAGUGGGCUUUUGCUCCCAUUAAGACUUCAUGCAUUCAUCCUACAGAUUUGGGCAGAAAAAGAUCUUCCCUCUGAUUUCAAGGCUGCAGCAGUUGUAACUAUCUUCAAGAAGUGAGAUAAAUCAUGCUGUCCAGAGCAGUGAAAAUCCUGACCCAGAUUCUCCUGUGGUGAGGAAAUCCUCCCAGAGACACAGAUACAGUGUGGCUUUAGACCUUUCAGAGGAACCUCUGACAUGGCCUUUGUUACCAGACAAAUCCAAGAAAAAUGUCAAGAACAACACUAGGAACUCAUCAUUGCAUUUACCAACUUGACCAAAGCAUUUGACUUAGUAAAUCAUGAGGCUGUGAUGAACAUGUUCCAGAGAGUUGGACCUCCAAGAAACUUCUUCACAGUUCUGCAAUUACUUUAUCAUGAUAUGACUGCAAAUGUCUUGAGUGGGAGAUCUGAAAUGGGCAGCUUCAAAAUCCAGAUUGAUGGCAAGCAAGGCUGUGAGAUAGUCCCAAGCUACCUGACAGUGGCUAUUGGCCUGAUCAAAGUUCAACUGCGCUCUGGUGUCAGUGCUAAAUACUGCCUGGGUGGGAAACUCUUCAACAUCAGCCGCCUCCAUGCUAAAACUAAACUGGCCACCACAGAUGUACAUGAUCUAUAGUUUUUGAAUGGCUGCAGUAUUGUUGCCCACUUUGCACCAGAUUUGCAGGCCACUCAUGAUCUCAUCCUGCAUAUAAGAAACUCGGCCUGUCCUUCAAUUUUGCUAAAAUAAAACUCUCAUCAACCUACAGUUGGUCAGCCAAAUAUAUAUAUAUGUCAAGGGAGAAACUCUGGAAUAUGUUGAGCAUUUCCCAUACCUUGGCAGCCACCUCUCUAAAAAGGCUACCAUUGACGAGAUCCAACACCAGAUCAGUGCCAGCUCAGCCUCCUUAAAAACAAUGGCAUCAAGUGUUUGACAACAAAUCUCAACAAAAGUCCUAGUGUACAGAGCAGUUGUCAUUGUCAUGUUCCUGUACUGCAGUGAGACCUGGAGUGUGUAUCAGUGAAGCAUAAGAGUGGUAGAGAAAUUCCAUCAGCAAUACCUCCACCUCAUCCUCUGGAUUCAAUGGGACAAAUGUCAAACAAACGUGAAGCGUACGGGUAAAACACCUGCAAAAUUAACUUUGGUAUAUUGGAUACUCUGUCCAGAUGGCCAAAAAGCAUCCCCCCCCCCGCCAGGUCAUGUUGUCGCAACACUCAAAUGGCCACUUCCGGAGAGGACAAAGAAAACCCCUCAAAGACAUUCAGAAACUCUCCUUGAAUCAUGACAGCUUUGAUAUUAAUGACUGGAAGGAGCUUGCUACCAAUCAUUCAAAAAGGCGACAACUUGUCCAUUGAGCUACAUCACGCUUUCAGUCACAACAUCUUGAUGAGGCAGAGCCAGCAGCAGAGAAGGAAAGAAAAGGAAGCAAAUCCUGCACUCAGGAUCCCACUACCUCGUGGGACAUCUUGCCUCAUGUGCCCAAAGAUCUGUUGAUUUGAGAAUUGGCCUAUUCCAUCACAUGAAGACUCAUGGCAGAAACCUGCAAUCCUGAGUAGCUGUCAUCCUCGAAUCAGGCGACAGCCGCUGCUGCCACUGACUGCUCAGGCAACUUGGCAUAAUAAGAAAACACUCAUUGCCAUCUCUUGAGGCCAACAAAAAACCUAAAUCAAAUCAGUUUUUUUCAUAUUUAAUUAUUAUUGACUUUGAAUCCACCUGCUGGAAAAAUGGAAAAUCUCGUUAUAGUCCAGAAAUAAUUGAAUUCCCAGCAGUGCUGCUCAACACUUCCAAUGGAGAUAUUGAGGUUGAAUUUCACACAUACGUUCAGCCUCAGGAACAUCCAAUCCUGUCUGCGUUUUGCACAGAACUCACUGGCAUUGAGCAGUGGCAAGUUGAAGCUGGAAUUCCUCUUGGAAUAUGCUUGUCACAGUUUUCCCGCUGGAUUCAGAAGCUGCAGCAAGAGAAGAGCAUUGUUUUCAUAAAGGACAUGUCUCAGAAGUGUGGCCUUGAAUCAAGACCCUGUGCUUUUGUAACGUGGUCAGACUGGGAUCUGGGAGUGUGCUUGCACUAUGAAUGUAAAAGGAAAGAUCUCAGAAAACCGGCUGUUCUGAACAGCUGGAUUGACCUCCGAACAACCUACAAGCUGUUCUAUAACCGAAAGCCAAAAGGCCUGAAUGGAGCUCUGCAGGAUCUGGGCAUAAUGUUUUCAGGACGUGAACAUUCUGGCCUGGAUGAUGCCCGCAACACUGCUCAUCUUGCCUGGCAGAUGAUCUGUGAUGGCUGUACCAUGAAAAUCACCAAAUCAUUGGAUAUGGUUGCACCCAUGAGGAAUCCAAUCAUAACACUACCGACUGCAAUCUCACUUGAAGACGGCAAAACAACCCACACAAGUCAUGAGGUUCUAGGCACUGGCAGCAAAACUUUUUUGUUGUCUGAAAACUCUUCUGGCAGCACCAAAAAAGCUGAAAAUGGUCAGAUGAGCACAAACUGUGAACAUAGUAGCGUAGUAAAGCAAACAAAAUUGGUUUUGGCAUCUUGCCCCAAAUCUUCCAGCCAGCUUAUGACGACUGUGGACUCCAGAAAAUGCAGUGAUGUAAAUGUUCAUUCUGAGUGUUUACUAUCAUCCAGGACCCUGAUCAAUGGACUUUGUACUUCCACUGAUCUUUGUAAAGCACAGAAAUCGAGACUGCAUUUGAUCAACAAUGUUAAAAAUCAAAUUACGGUAGGAGGUGUGGAAACUAAACCCAAUAAUAGUCCAAACAACCUGUUGCUCAUGUCAACUACUGUUGAGUCGGUUACCAGUGUCUCUAAUCUAGAUAUUAGCUGCUCAGAGUCUGAGGUUCCCUGGGAAGACUGGGAAGAUGUUGCCAUACUACCUCUAUCAGGUAAUGAGUAUCCCAAAGACUAUGAGGGACAAGAAAAAAACUGUAAAGCGUCAAGUGUGCUUGAAGAGGAGAACACACAAGACUGUUCAAUUCCAGAGCCACCACUAAAGAAUAGAAAGGAUGACAAAUUGACUGGCCAGUUAGAACCUAAGAAGCAUCAGAAAGUCAUAUAUAGGAGCUCUCAAACAACGAUCUAUGACGUUGCUGAAGUUAUGAAGCAAGCUGAACGUCGGUCCAUCUUCAAAGUACCUACCAUGAAGGUUCCUAUUGUCCGGUCCAACUCUUUCAGUGAAAGUACUGAAUCUUCACGUUCUAUUCGCUUCUCUAGAUCAGAUAACUCUUUAUGCAUUGGCGUUAAAAGGAAAGACACACAUUCAAGUCCCUGCAAACCUCAUGCUUCUAAAAAACCAUCAUUUAAUGUUUAUUCAGACAAAAGUUUGUCCUCUAACUGUUCUCUACCUUUAAUUAAUAAAUCCAUUUCAAGAGUUAUUCCUCCCACAACCAAUGCCCACCAGGCACUUCGGAAAUUGAAUGGUGAAAAGAUCACUCCUCCUCUAUGUGGCUGUGGUCGUAGAGCUAAGAGGCUUACUGUGUCUAAAAUGGGCCCAAACCAAGGGAAAGCCUUCUAUUCCUGUGCAGCGGGGAAAAGAAAUGCAGAGGACAGCAAGGGUUGUGGGUACUUCAAGUGGGAGUGGGCACUGAAGAAGGAGAAAAGCUUUUCAGCCUCAUCUGCUAAUAUUUCUGGUACAGGUUCAUCUGGAACCUUCCCUUCUUCCCAACGCAAACAUCUAGGCCUCCGAUUUUCUUUUUGAAGCUAGUGAUAUAGUUGUCAUGUCUAGAGUGUUUUCUAGUUUGUAUGAUUUAUAGAGCAGUGAUAUCAGUCUGGCCUAUAGGAAGGUUGAGCUAGAGCAGUAAGUUACGGCAAUUGAGUUUCUGAAGUGCUUUCAACUAAAUUGUCUUCCUUUUUUUGUGUGCACUUAUGUUGAACGUACAUGAUUUUAACUUUCUAUACCGAGCCUUGUGUAAGUAUUUUAUCCAACUUCCUUUGCAUCUCUUGGAUCAUGUGCAGUGACAUAUUCCAUGGGUAAUAGUUGUACACCUACAAGUCUAAAACGUGAGAGUCUAACUGAUAAAGGGAUUGUGGGGAAGGCAUCAUAGUUCAACCCAAUAUUGUCCUGCUUAACAACUUCCAGCAUUGCUGCUUUUGUGCCUCUCUCGAGCAUUCCCUCUCCCCUCUUUUGUUCUCUCCCCACCCCUUAAUAAUUUGCAGCAUCCCAAUGCUAAUUAUGGCCACAUGAAUCAUGACAUUCCUGCAAGUUCAUUUUAAUAAAUUGAGUACCAUGGGCGGUGCAUUUAUUUUAAAUCAAGAAAUAAUAACAAACAUUUGAAAUUUUUUUUUCGUAGAAGUGGAUGUCUUCUUUAAGUAAUGAAUAAUGUUCUAAUGGGGAACUUUGGCUACAAAAAAGACUGGACAAGCCCAAUUGUGAUAGAGACCAAAGGGCGAGAUUUAACUUGCCCAAAACCCAUUCAAGUUCACGUACCCAGGGUUAAAAUCAGGACUGAAAUUUCCAGUGUGCUGUCAAUUUCAACUGGAUUUUCAACACUUUCAUCACUGGCUAAGUAAUUCCAACCUAGUGAUCAAGUCAUCGUUUACUGUUUAAGCUAACUACUAGAUUCUUUGCAAGGAUAGAGAAAUAUCGUUCAAUGACCAGUUCAUGAUUAUUCCACAUUGACUCGGUUUUUAAAUGUUCUAAUGCUUAAUUUUAUCUUUAUUUUAUUUUUAUGUUCUUAAUUACUUUUGCAAUGCAGUUACUUUUAUAAUGUGAAGUCCUUUGAGGUGUUCAGAGGCAUAGGUCCUAUUCUAAAUGCAAGCUUUCCUUUAUAUUAAAAGGUUAUUUAGCACUGA